UCUCGAUUGAACAGGCAAAACUCCACCAAACUCGAGCACAGAUUCAAUUGCCACAGCCUCGCACAAACCCAACUCCCACGAAAACAUGUCUCGAGCACUUGUUACAGGGACGGUCGCGGCACUGCGGCGAUGUGGCGGUCUGCCAUCGCCCCGCCAAUGCUCACUACCACCAUCGUGCUCGACUUUGUCCUGGUCCGCGUCGUCGCUCGGCUUGCCCCAGCCAGUCGCACUCCCGCGGCGGUGCGUCUCGCUGUCCGCAUUGAUGCGCAAGAAGCAGCAGUUUGGCGACUUUGAUCUCGUCCUGCCUGCCCAAGUCACUCGCGAGGACGUCCACGCGCUCGUGCCAAAGCACAUUGAACGCCCGCCGUACUUUGACUCUGGCGUGGUGCUCGAUCCACCAUCAAAAAUUGAUAUCAAAACCAAGCACGACAUUGUUAAGAUGCGGGCAGCGGGCCAACUUGCUCGCAAGGCACUCGAUUACGCCGGGUCGCUGGUCAAGCCUGGUGUCACGACGCACGAAAUCGACGCCAAAGUCCGCGAGUUUAUCUUUGCUCACAACGCCUUCCCUUCACCGCUGAACUACAUGGGUUUCCCAAAGUCUAUUUGCACAUCCGUGAAUAAUAUCGCGUGCCACGGCAUUCCCGACGCACGGGAACUGCUGGAAGGCGAUAUGAUCAACAUUGACGUGACUGUCUAUUUGGGAGGCUUCCAUGGCGACACCAAUCGCUCCUUCCCCGUCGGGCAAGUGGACGCGACCGCCGUCAAGCUCAUCCAAACAGCGACACAGGCGCUUCAAUUGGCGAUUGCAGUUUGUGGGCCCGAUCGCCCCUUUUCCGACAUUGGCUCGGUGAUUAGCAAGGUUGUAGGCCCCUCUGGAUUCGCAAUCAACUAUCGUCUCGUUGGUCACGGCAUUGGACGGCAUUUCCACGAGCCGCCGAACGUCCUUCACUAUGAUAACUCUCUUCCAUUGAAAAUGACGCCAGGCAUGGUUUUCACGAUCGAACCCAUCAUUCACGAGGGAAAAAGCAAAACAACAACGCUCGAGGAUGGCUGGACUGUGUGCAGCCUUGACGGCGGCCGCGCCGUUGCUGCAGAACACACAAUCGCCAUCACUGACACUGCCUACGAAAUCCUGACCGACUUGCCGACCGAAGCGAGCCCCUCCAGCUAGCCCCUCGCACUUGUCGACUUCUCUUCUCCAACAACCCCCCCAAAAAGAUUUUUGGGACCAAGAAAUCCGAAUCAAUAACUGAAAACUGAACUUGCUUAUCAUUUCAAGUUGUACGGAUUAAAAUUCACACAUCAUCA